CCGGCAUUUCACUUCCUGCGCAGGGCGCCCAUGUGACAGGAACCCAGCCAUGGAGGAGCCGCAGCGAAUCGAUCUGACCUACAUCACUGAACGCAUCAUCACCAUAUUCUGCCCCCCCCGGAGUCCGGAGGAGAUCUACCUCCAGAACCUGCAGGAGAUUAUUCACAUGCUGCAGUCCAAGCAUGGACACAGCUACAUGCUCAUCAACCUCUCACAGAAGAAUGACACUCUCACCCAAAUGAACCACAAGGUUUUGGACACGGGUUGGGUGGAUCUCUUGGCUCCCAACCUGGAUCAGAUCUUCAACGUGUGCACAACGAUGGAGAACUGGCUGCAGACGCAUCCGAAGCAUGUCCUGGUGCUACACUGCCGGGGAGGUAAAGGCCGGCUGGGGGUUCUGGUGGCUUCUUACAUCCACUUCAGCAACAUGUCCGCCAGUGCAGACCUUUCUCUCGACCACUUCGCCAUGAGGAGGUUCUACAAUGACAAGCUCUCUGCUCUGAUGACGCCCUCGCAAAAACGGUAUGUGUGGAUGCUGGGCAGCAUGUUAAAGGGAGGACUGAGGAUGUGUCCGUCUCCGUCCUUCCUCCUCUGUGUUGUUCUCCACGGUAUUCCCAAAAUGAGACCAGAUGGAGGAUGUUGUCUCUUCCUAAGAGUCUACCAGAGUCUACAAGCUGUGUGCACAUCGGCCGUCUACCAUGUUAAUGCAGCCCAGACAGACCAGCUCUACUUCGUGCUGCAGCCGGCUCAGCUGCUCAAGGGGGACAUCAUGGUGGUUUGUUAUGAUAAAAACAGCCGGUCGGACAGCCGUCAGGUCGUCUUCUGCCUCCAGUUUCACACUGGCCUCAUUCACGGACACGCCCUCACUUUCUUUAAGGCGGACCUCGACUGUGCCAGCAAAGAUCCUCGGUUCCCAGAAGAUGGAAAAGUGGAGCUGCUGCUUUCUGACAGCCCUGAAAAGAUUAGAGGCAGAGAGCUGUGGCACAACGGACACGGCGUCACAGUGGACUACGACACCUUGGACCCUUUGGUGAGACGGGAUUCAUAUCAAGACACGUCUUCUCCUGAAACAGCUCCACCUCUGGUCCUGCACCCUGGAAAUGGUUUGUAUUCCAGAGUGAGGAAGAAGAGCAGUGAGGAAGGAGCCUUGUUCUCCCUGACCACCAGCAGCCCCAGCUGCAGUGACCGAGCUCCAUCCGCCAGCAGCGAUUCGGGUCUGUCCGUCGCCUCACAGGGGCGCGCGGGAGCCGGACACAAGAGAGGAGCUGCAGGGGACAAGAGUACCCUGGCAGGGAAGCUGGUCGCUGGGGUGGACUUUGAGAUUGCUCAGCCUCUUCUGGAGGUCAUGACUGAGCUUGCCGCCAGCGGAGGGGAGGGGGAGGUGGCUGGAGAUGAAUCUGGGUUGGGACUUACCAUCAACGGAGAGGCUUCAUCCAGCGAGAGGGAAACUGAUAUACUAGAUGACGACGAUGAAGUAGCAGCUUCGGGUCUAGACAUGCCAAGCUCCAGCAGCAUCUGCUCCCUCUCCUCGGAGAACCUGCCUGGAACUCAAACUGAGUACUCCACACGCUCCUGGGUACAGCAGCAGCAGAUGGUUGAGGUCGUCACGGACGACUACCUUGACGUGGAUGGGGGAGCGAGGUUGAAGAGGGUGAGAAAAGAGAAGCCACCACCUUUAGUUGCUCCUGACACGCCACUUCGAGGAAUGAGCAGCAGGGAGGCGGUGCAGCGAGGACCAGUGGACGAUGACGGCAUGCACAACGGUCAGUCAGUCAGUACUACGCUUGCUUCGUCUUGCCAAGAAGAAGAUUUGGCGUCGUUAAACACAGACAUUGACGAGUCCAUAGAGCAGCUGAACCAGCUGAUUUUGGAUUUGGAUCCCACCUUUGUUCCUGUUCCUACCCGCUGCGCCCCCUUGAGCCGCUCUGCCUCCCUCCACACCAACGGCCUCAGCCACAAGGGAAAUACCAAUCAGUCAAGUUGGAGACAGCAGAAGCAGGUCAGCGAUGUGGUGGACUACGCUGGUCUCGAUAGUCCAGGAUGGAGAGGGGGCAGUGCUCAGAGCUUCAGGGGCUCCCCGCUCUACAGUCCCUCCUUCUCACAAACUCAGCACGGCCAUCUUUACAAAACCAACAGUGUGGACUUUCAAGGACACACAGAAAACUCCAACAUCGUCCCGCCCACUCCGGCCUUCCCGGUGUCUCCUCCAACGCCCUACGUGAAACAUUUCCCAGCAGAGUUUUCCCAGCUCAGGAAAGGCGGGCAGUGGGACCAACACAACUGGACACAAGAUACCCGGAGUUUCCUGGAUAGCAUGAACCACGCCGGCGGCUCCACAGAGGGAGAGCUGUUCAGGUCAGACGUGUCGGUCACUCCUGCUUCCUGUCAGAGGAUCUUUGGCUCCAUGUGCUCGGUGUCAUCAGACAGCCCCCUCCCGCACACAGACAGCUCCACUCCUCCUCCUGUGUGGCACGACCGGACUCCAAACUCCCUGAACUCCCCGUAUCACUCCCAGCCUUCACCCCCUCUCUCUCUCAGCACUCCCAAUGCCCACAGCUCUCCCAGGGGGGCUCUGAGGAGCCUGGGUGGAGGUCUGGGGGUCCGCAGGGAGACAGACAGCACAGACUUGUCCUCGCUGUUGUUGGGGAACGGCGGCCUGGAGCACAGCCUGCUGGAGGCCAUGGAGGGCCUUGGGAGUCUGAACCUCGGGGGAGACGGGGGACUCCCUCCACUGCUGCCCGAGAAGAGAAGGUUGGGUGAGGGGGGAGAGCUCGGCUCCCGUUCGCCCUCUCUAAGCGGGUUUUCCAGCCCUCACAGCGGCAGCAGUGUCAGCAUCCCAUUCUCAUCCCCGAUGACCCCCGACCCCCUCAGAGGACUCAGUGGCACCCAGUCACCCGGAGCAGACUUUGGCAGUAAGCAGGACACUGUGAAGUUUGUUCAGGACACUUCCAAGUUCUGGUACAAGCCCGACAUUUCCAGAGACCAAGCCAUUGCCGUGCUGAAGGACAAAGAGCCCGGCUCGUUCAUCGUCAGAGACAGUCACUCUUUUCGCGGGGCGUACGGAUUGGCCAUGAAGGUGGCCACGCCCCCUCCGUCUGUGUUACAGCAGAGUAAGAAAGGAGACCUGUCCAAUGAGCUGGUGAGACACUUCCUGAUAGAGUGCACGCAGAAAGGAGUCCGUCUGAAAGGCUGCCCCAACGAGCCGUACUUCGGAAGUCUCACAGCUCUGGUGUGUCAGCACUCAAUCACCCCUCUGGCUCUGCCCUGUAAACUCAUCCUGCCUGACCGAGACCCGGUGGAGGAGCUGAACGACUCGUCUGCACAGACAUCGACAAACUCCGCGGCGGAGCUUCUGAAACAGGGAGCAGCGUGUAACGUGUGGUACUUGGGCUCUGUGGCGUUGGAGUCUCUGACGGGACAUCAAGCGGUGCAGAAGGCGACCACGCUGACGCUCGCAAUGGACCCACCACCAGCGUCCACCGUCGUCCACUUCAAAGUGUCGGCGCAGGGGAUCACGCUCACUGACAACCAGAGGAAGUUAUUCUUUAGGAGGCAUUACGCCGUCAACACCGUCAUCUUCUGUUCUCUGGACCCACAGGGCAGGAAAUGGACAAGAGACAGUGGUUCUACUGCAAAGAUCUUUGGAUUCGUAGCCAGGAAAUCUCAGAGUGAGACAGAAAACAUGUGCCAUCUAUUCGCUGAACAUGACCCCGAGCAGCCGGCGAGCGCCAUUGUCAACUUUGUCUCAAAAGUCAUGAUUGGGUCACAUAAGAAGUAACAAGAGCCCGGACUGAACCUCCAACAACAGUUUCAUCCCAAGAGCCAAAAACGAUGGACCCAGACACUCCAGCAGCCGCUCCCGUUGGUCCAUCCUGCACAAUAAACUUGAGUAUUUUGUGCUGACUUUUUGCACUGCAGGAUGCCGCCACCAGAGGGAGCCACGACUGUCAUGUAUAGAUUUAAAUCUCCUGAGCGGGAGGCUGUGACUACUUUAUGAUGCAUCCUUUGGAAAUGUGUAUAAAAUGUGUAUAAAAUCAUAACCCACAGGAUCUAGUAUGAAAAUGUUGUCACAUUUAUCUGACCUGUAGCUUCAGACUCUCUAAAAGAACCAUAUCACACUGUCCCUGCUUGUUUCUCACGGUCACAGCUGACGAAUAUAACACAUUUACUUCUGAUUAAAGCUGAAGAAUGUCACAUUUUUUUUUGUUUUAGGUAAAAAUGCAUAAAUCAGGUUUCAACAUCACUUUUGUGCAAACCACAGACCAACUGUCACGUGACAAAGCCAGUAAUGUGGUUGCCUUGUACUUAAGAUGGAUUUAUUGUGUUGUGUUUAUAGUAUUUAUCCCUUUUUACAGAUGUGUAAAAGUCUUUCUUUUUUUCCUAAAUAUACUUGUCAUAUAUUUUUGUAUAUUAACACAUACUGUACAGUAGGAAGGCAGUGAAUGUAUACAUAUUGUAGUAGGAAGAAUAUAUGUGGUAUUUUAUGUAGCAGUAAGAUACAACACAAGCUGCCCAGGUAUACUUGUAUCACUAAUAUAGAUGUCAAUAUGCUCCCUUUUACAGUAACACCGUAAUACAGAUGUAUGUACAGUUGUUGUGUUACGAUAAAGUCAUUCAGAGUUCCUCUAAUAAGAGAUCAAAUACAGUCACUGUGAGAAA